CUCACUUCCACCCGGGUAUAUUCAUGCUUCGUUCCACCACUUAGCAAGCAGGCUGCGAUCGGUCCCGUUCAAAUCUCCUCUACGUCCACAUAGGAAAUACCAAGACAGAACAUGCACAUUAAGACAGGUACGUGGGAGGCCAGCAGCACGGUGUGUGAGCCGGACGCCCUCUACGACACCGCGGCCCUGGUCUCCCCGCCCAACCCGGAGCCGCACAUCCGGAACCGCCGCCUCUCCCCCGGCUCGGGGGAGUGCGGCGGGGGAGGGGGCGGCGGCAACCGGGUCCGCGGCAAGCCGGAGACGCCCCCGCCCGAGCACGGCCCCGCCUCCGGCAGGGACGCCGAGCACAGGGCCCACCCGAAGGGGCGCGCCCUGCGGAAGGUUCCGGAAGGGGCCCGGGCGGCCCGGGCGAGGAGGGGGGAGAGGGAGAGGUGGGCGGGGGACGGGCUGUCGCUGCUCAAGCCCCCGCCCGCGUUUCCGGUGCAGGACAGCCCCGCCAAGCUUCAGCCGGCCGUCAGCUACGCCUCCAAGGUCAAGUCGGGCGGGGCAGGGGGCGGGGCCGAGGACCCCCCGGCCAUCGGAGUGCUGCUCCAGAACCAGUGGGGGCUCAGCUUCAUCAGCGAGGGGCCCCAAGCACAGAACGGGCCCACUUUUGGAGGCCCCCCUUGCUCUCCUGUGGACCCCAUCGAUGAAACCCCUGCUCCAGAGACUCACACUCAGACCCCGCCUCCUGUCACGCCCCCUCUUCCCAUCAGCCAAUGUCGAGAAGAGAUUGACAGCUCAGGGGAGCUGCUGCUUGGCUGUCGCCACCUAGUGGAGGCGUUGCGGUAUCACACUCAAGAAUGGGGUGCACUCGACAGCAAGCAGAAACGAGGGUCUGCCACGAUCAUCUGGUACAAGAACUCUGCAGAGCAACCAGCUUAACACACACUGACAUGCUGCACACA